UUUCGUUUUUGUUGAGGUUCCAAACAACAUAUAUGAAUUAGUAUAUGUCGAUCAGAAGGCAAGGCUAAGGUCUGCUACAUUUUAAUCAGUUGGCAGUGAGGUGGAGAUGGGUUGCUAUACUCUGUACAGAGCGGAACCCAUUUGCCUUGUAUACUUGUAGAUCGAUUCAAUGAAAACAAGUUGGGACACUUGAAGAUUCAUCUGAGUGAUAUUAAAUCAGCAACACAUAAUUUCUCAGAGACAUACACAAUUGCAUCUUGGAAUGGCGAUUAUACUUUGUACAGAGCGGAACUCCACUGUUUUGAUAAACAAAAUCUUUUAUACCAGAAGGGGAAGUAUGAAGGAGAACAUCUGAAGGGACAGAGCACUGUACUUUUAAAAAGGUACCCUUCUGGACAUGACUUGUAUGGAGAAGAAGUGUUUUUUAGAGAAAUUGAAAUGCUUACCCUUGUUAAGCAUCCCAACAUUGUAAAUCUACUUGGAUUCUGUGUUGAGGAUUCUGAGAUGGUCCUUGUCACUGAGAAUAUCUCUAAUGGAUAUCUUGUUGAUUAUUUGGGAAAUGUCAACCACAUGCGUGUUUUAACCUGGGAAAAACGUUUGAAAAUUUGCAUUGAUGUUGCACAUGCGUUGAAUUACCUUCACCAUGAGAUGGAAGACCAAAAGAUCAUAAUAAAUCGUGAUAUAACUAGUUACAGCAUUGGGCUGGAUGAGAACUUGGGGGCAAAGAUUGUUGACUUUUGGUUCUCCGUAUUCCUGCCUCCAAAUCAAGAAGACGAAGCUCUCUAUCUCAGAUGGAUUGGCAGAAACCAGUACAUAGAUCCAGAAUACAAGAAGACCAAUAAGUUAAAAAGAGAAUCAGAUGUUUAUAGUUUUGGAGUUGUAUUGUUUGAAAUUCUAUGUGGGGGGAAAGCCUUUGACCCAAUUUACAUGAAGGAGAAUGUCAAAGGGUUGGGCCCUGUGGCAAGACAAAGCUUCUGCAUGGGAACACUAGAGGACAUGAUAGAUCCUAUAUUAAAGGAAGAAAUCCGUGAAAACAAUUUCGUUCUAACUAGAGGACCCAACAAGGAUUCUUUGCACACAUUUAUGAAAAUUGCAUAUCAGUGUGUAGCAGAAACUCAAGACCAACGUCCAACAAUGAAAGUCGUUGUCAAGGAACUGGAGAAAGCACUAUCAUUUCAAUUGAAUUCAGAGGUUAAAUCUGAUUAUGUGGAGGAGAAGAGUCAUGCUUCAAUAAUUGAGACACAAGUAGUUGAGCUUUCCAAUGAACUGAACAAUAUGAACAUGACUUGCGAAUCUGAAAAUUUUAAAAUUCAUAACAAGGAAAAUAUGUUACAUGAUCAAACCAAUGACCCGGCUGAACCUGACUGUUGAAAGUCAAACUCUUAGGAAGGCUGCUACACCUUCUUGGCCAAAUAUGUCAGAAACAAAUGCACAAAUAUGAAAAGGAGGCUAAGUUGCAGGUGCUUUUGGUUGUUGUAUUUGGUGGGGCAGGCUGAUAACGGUUUGCGUUCAAACAAGUCAUGUUGCAUAUAGGUUUAAACAGGUUGGGUGGAUUGAGUUGGACUUUUUUGCAUAUAUCUUAAUUUGUUUGUAUAAGUGAAUGUCAUGUUGAUGCUUCUCUAGUUCUUUCUUUACUUGUUUAUGUUGGUAAUUUUAGUGUUAUUGGAUUAACUUGUCGACUAAAUCGGUCUUGUUAAAAUUAAACGAGUUAGGAGAUGCAGGAGUGCAAGCUCGAUUUAGUUUACAAGAUCGGGGAUCGGUUUGUUUUGGGCCUUGCUGAAUCAAUAAAAUUAAUUUGCGAUUGGACCUAAGUUGGUUAUUUCAUUUGGGCCUGUUAGCUUUAAUCAGAUCACUUGUAUUUGGGCUUUAGGACUAAAUGGGUUAUUUGUCAUAUUAAUAAUCACUUGUUUGUGGACUUAGAUUAGUUGUUCUAAUGGGCCUAUCAUAUUUGAUGUGGGAUUCUACGCAUCUGUGUAAGUUUUGUGAUAAAAAAAAAACAAACCGUUCCAGCUCAGGAUGAUGUAUGUGAUGAUACUAGAGACUUUGGUGCUGUUGAGUUCAGCAAAGUAGAUACACACUUGCUUCCGACUGUACUUCUCAUUGGCUGCCCCAAUGUUGGCAAAUCCGCAUUGUUUAAUCAGUUAGCUAUUCUAAUAUAUGUCUUUUACUGUUAUAUUAUUGGUGAAUUAGCUGGCGAGUCAGACAUGUUGGCUAACUUGCCAAAACAAAUUUGGGUAAAACGAUAAUUUUUUUUGUACGGGUCAAAAAGUUUAGGUUGACCUGAACGUUUUUUUGCCAAAAGGGUUACUGUGUCAAGAAUAAUAUACUUAUCCAAUAAAAUGAUUUAGGAGCCUUUCAGCCUGUUUGGCCCGUUUUAUUUUAAGCUACUCUUUUUUACCCAUUUGACCUGUUAAAUUGUCACCCAAAUUGAACCAUUUGUAGGUUCAGUGGAUAUAUGGUUGUAUUUAAUAUCAUUCAUUAUAUAUGGUUUUAUUUUAAGCUACUCUUUUAUUUAAUUUUAUUUAUGCACAAUGUGUGUUUGUACCUAGUAAUUUCUUUUUGUUGUAUUUAAUAUCAUUCAUUAUAUAUGGUUGGUGUGGAUAUGGUAUUUAGUUUGAUUAGAAGAAGAGAGGCACUUGUGUACAACACUCCUAAUGAUCACGUGAUUAGAGACAUGCGAGAAGGGAUCGCGAAAUUGAGUGAUUUACGAUUUAAGGUGUUGGAUUCAGCCAGCUUAGAGGCUGAGGCUUCGUCUGGUUCUGUUCUUGGUCAGACUGCAGAAAUGACCGCAAAUGUGUUGAGAAAGUGUAAAGUAGCACUAUUUCUUAAUGAUGCAAGAGACGGGUUGUGGCCCACGGAUUUGGAUGUUGGAAAGUGGCUAAGAAAGCAUGCUCUGGGAAUGAAGAUUGUUACGUUAAUGAAUACAGCUGAAUCACUUGAUGAUGGUUUCGGUCAGAGUCGAGUUUAAAU